AUGAAUCUUAUCAUUCGUGUCACGGACAAAGGAAAUAAUUUUUAUAUUGGUUCAGCUGUUGAAUUUGAAAAAAAAGCUCAAAAAUUUUUCUCUGAUACAAAUGCUUUUAUAGAAUUAUCUGACAAUCCAUUCAAUGAAAUAUUAGAUAAAGUUAUACAAUUGCUCAAUACACUUCGUGGAAAAAAUUUUAUUCGUAAAUGGCAAUAUGAACAAAUGAUGCCUGAUCGAACAAAUUGUGAAUUAGCUCAUUUAUAUUUUAAUCCUAAAACACAUAAGGAUGGUAUACCAGUUCGACCUAUUGAAAGUACUAUUCAUGCUGCAACCACAAAAAUUUCAAAAUUUUUAGACAAAAUUUUACGACCAAUAUUCGAUGCUAAAUGUAAAGAUACAACUAUUAUUGAUGGUGCUUCUUUAAUUACUGAACUUUCAAAAUAUAACAAAAAAGGUCUCUUAAAAUCAACAACUCUUUUUUGUACAUUUGACAUUCGUAAUUUAUAUACAAUGUUACCACAAGAAGAAACAUUAGAUAUUCUUAUGACAUUUCUUCAUGCUCAUGGUUAUAGAAAAGUGAAGGGAAUUAGCAUUGAUACAAUAAAAAAAUUAGCUUCCAUUAUUCUCAAAGACAAUGUAUUUGCUUAUGGUAAAAAAAAUUAUAAACAAACAACUGGUGGUGCUAUGGGUUCAUCAUUGACAUUAACUUUGGCUAAUAUUUUCAUGUCAGCAUGGCAAAAAAAAAUUGUUGAAGAACAAACCAAGACAGGCGAAUUUUAUGGACGAUAUAUUGAUGAUAUUUUUAUGACAUGGAAUAGAUCUGAAGAAGAAUUAAGAAAAUUAUUAGAUGAUGCGAAUACAUGGCAUCCAAAUAUUAAAUUAGACUAUAAAAUUGGUUAUAAUCUUCCAUUUCUUGAUGUACAACUUACAAAUAAUAAUGGUAUACUAUUAACAUCUGUCUAUCAUAAGCCUGCAGCUGAACCAUGUAUUACACCAUUUACAUCUGAUCAUCCUCGACAUGUUUUUGCAAAUACUAUUAAACAUUUUCUUGAACGUGCAGUAAGAUAUUCAUCAACAUUCGAAGCAUUUAAUUAUGAACGACGUAACAUUAAAUUGAUGUUACUAUACAAUGAUUAUCCAUCAACAUUUAUUGAAAAUGGACUUCAAAAAUAUGUUUUCGAAUAUAUAUCAAAAUCACCAUUUCUACCAUUAAUAAAUGAUGAACAAAAAUAUUUUCUAAUGCGAAAACACAUAUUAGGUCAGCCAACACCUCGACAAUCACAAGUGGCAUUGAGUGCAGCAUUGGCCGAUAUUGACAACGAUCCGCCAGAUGAUGAAAAACAACAACCAGAUCCAUACAAAACCAAAUCGGAAGAAAAAAUUUCAAACUAUGACGAGAAAUUCUUUACUCAUUUUACUUAUGAAAAACGUUUCGAAACAUGCAAACGAGAUAUGCAUAAAGUAUACAAUAAUGUAUUUAAAGAUACACCAGCAAUGUAUACAAGACAAAUCAUCGGUCAUCGCAUCCGUCGUCAAGCACACGAUGAAUUAAUACACAAACGACCAAACAAAACAUUCUUACAAAAUACAAUAAUAAAUAAAAGCAAAUUCAAAAAACCAAACAAAACUACAAAUAUCACCAAUGAUACAAAAAAACAAACACCAAUGAAAACCAAGCUGAUCUACUCUCAAGGAUUCCUGAAAAAUAAACAAUAA